AUGGUCUCCUUCAUUUAUGGGCGUGCUAAAUCUACAACAAGUAGGUGCUUCCAUAGAGUUCUUCGCGCGAUUGUAGCACUAGAAAGUUACUACAUUCAACAACCUAAAGGUGACGUGGUCCCGAAAGAAAUUCAAGAGAAAAAGAGAUUUUAUCCCUACUUCAAGAAUUGUGUAGGGGCAAUUGACAGGACACAUGUUUGUGUAAAAGUACCCAAUAGAGAUUCCCCUAGAUAUCGCGAUCGCAAGGGUUACCCUGUCAUAAAUGUCUUAGCCGCAUGUUCAUUUGAUUUGAAGUUUACGUACGUUUUAACUGGGUGGGAGGGCACUGCCUCAGACUCAAGGAUAGUGAAGGAUACACUUAAAAGAGAUGAUAAGCUACUAAUUCCCAGGGACAAAGAUCGUGACAAAAAACUUAAAUAUGAAGUCUUACAAGAGGUGUUGGAUGAACAACCACAACAAGUGAGACAUGAUGUUAAUAACGGACGUGUGCGUAAUGAUGGGGCUAAGGAAUUGAGGAACACUAUUACAACUCAAAUGUGGAAUGAUUACUUGUUGAAACCAAACAAUGAAAUAGAUAUGUCUAAUUAG